AAUAGCAAAGAUACAGACCUUACAGAGCCAUCAUCAGGACUGAGAAAAUGUGCACAGAGCCCACUCCAUCCACGGGCAUCGCAGGCAGUGUUCCGUCAAGAGGAGAGCCGCCGCUCUGGGAGUCACUGCUGACUUCUACAAACUGAGCAGGACAGCUUUUGCUGAAGUUCAACUACAGGAAGUUGAUUGAACUCUGAAGAUGCUAAGAGAGCUACCAGGUGUGACGUGUCUCCAGGUACUUCAUGGUGUUCUCCUCCAGCCUCUCCAUACCACUGCGCUACACAGCUCCAGAAACAUGGGGGAAAACGAAGACGAGAAGCAGAGCCAGGCCGGGCAGGUUUUUGAGAACUUUGUCCAGGCUUCCACGUGCAAAGGCACCCUCCAGGCCUUCAACAUCCUCACACGACACCUGGAUCUAGACCCUCUGGACCACAGGAAUUUUUAUUCCAAGCUCAAGUCCAAGGUGACCACCUGGAAAGCCAAAGCCCUGUGGUACAAACUGGACAAGCGUGGAUCCCACAAGGAGUAUAAGCGAGGGAAGUCCUGUAUGAACACCAAG